GGACUUUAAGUAGUAAACUCUAUCAAUCUAUGUUUUACAACUUCAUGGUUCUUCCUGUAAGCCAUUAUUGCAUUAUUUAACGGCAAGUGCGGACGCGUGGCAUAGUAAACGUAAUCGUAGUAAUUGUGAAUCAUCACGAUGAUUGUUUACUGCAGCGACGAACAAUUGGAUGCUUUUUCCUUAGGUGAUAAUACUAUAAAAGUGACACUCGCAGUUCUAGAAAGGACAAUAAAUAGGAGGGAAACUCCUAAUUCACCAGUGCGAUACAUAUUAUCGAAUUUACAGAAUCGCAAACUCAGACUCGUCGUGUGGAAGGAUUUGCAUAAACAGUAUGAAGGCAAAUUGCUGCAUAAGACAAUUAAAAUAUCAAGAGGGAAAAUAAUCCCAGCAAGCGCUUCAUUUUACCGAAAAGAAGAAGGGCUGAUGCCCAUUGAGAUAUCCAUCCAAGACUACACGAAAGUUGAAGUUUUAGGCGAUCUACAAAUUGAGGAUUCACCUGUCUACGCUCCAAUGGAAAUGAAAGAUGUUGGCUCCGGCAUUGGGAAACGCGUCAAUAUUAAUGCCUACAUAAAAAUGAAGAUUGAACCAGUGGUUUUUAAUAACUCCUCCUACGGCUGCGGUUCUAUAACCGAUCUACACUAUAAGCUCAUUGUUAACGUUUCGCAAUUUAACAAUGAAUCAAAUCAUGAGGAAGGAAGAUUUGUUAGCGUCAAAGGGACUCUACGCGAAAAUGAGCAUAAAACUAUUGUGCUGCAAGUAACUGCGAUGCAUGACAUCGAAGACUUAAAUAAAUCUGUCACGGAAGAAGAACUGGAUAAAGGAUUUCGGACUCCUCCUCGAGUAAAUACGAAUUCCGAACCUUCUGCUAAUCGUCCAAUGGAGAAUUCGCGAUCUGUAAAUCAAAAUUUUGUGCAUCAACAGCUUUCUCAGAAAUUGCCAAGAGAAGAUUCAAAUGCUGGAACUUCAAAUCAUCUUCCUAAUCGACAUGUUUCUGUGGAAAAUUCGCUGCCUGCUGAUCAUUUGGUUCAUGCACCGUCCGGAAAUCUAGUUGUCUCACCUUGUUCUGAGAAUUCUCAGAAUACUGAAAAUUCUCAAAAACGUCUAUUCAGAAAGGAAGACUUUCCGAAACUGCCUUCCCCGAAAAAAAUCAAAAAUAUAAAAAAUUAAUGCAAUAUUGCAUUUUUUUUAAAGUUCGUAUUAUGAUUUCACAAUCAAGUUUAAAAUUUUUUUUUUCUCAAUCAAGUUUAAAAUUUUUUAAUAAUAUAUUUAAACUUUUUGUUUUCGUUUCAAUUUUUUUUAAUUUUCUGCCACAUGGUUCCCAGAAUAAAAACACACUGGACAGUUCUAUUUCAAUAGAAAAUACUUUUAGUUUGUCGUUACGUAUUUACCUAAAACUUAAUUUUUUUUAAUUUGUUACCACAUGGUUCCCAGAAUAAAGAGACACUGGGCAGUUCUAUUUCAAUAGAAAAUACUUAUAGUUUGUCGUUACGUAUUUACCUGAAACUUAAGUACAGUCAAACCUGUCUAAAUAAUACUCUAUUUAAUUUUUAAAAAAAAUUUCUAUUCAAAAAUAUUUAACAAAAAUUAUUACCACUCAGUUACCGAAUAUUGCAAAAAUAUUGCAAAAAUUAAAUUAUUAAACAAUUUUUUAAUGCUUGUAAAAUGUAAAAAUCAAGUUGCAUUCAGACAGAUUCGACUGUAUUAAUCGGUUAUAUGACCAAAAAGAUGAAAAAUGUGAGAUAAGUCUAAUUAGAU